AUGACCGUUUCGGUGCUUUUGCGCCGCGGAUCACGUAGUUUACGUCAAGUGCUUCCUGAUUUUUGCGCUAUUCCGGGGCAGUAUCGUUUUAAUCAGUUACAACAAGUGCCAACAUGUAUUCCGCUUAUCGCAAGACGCUUAUCACCUGUUGGGCAUUUUGCUUGUCGAUUUCUCUCUCGCCAUUCGAUCGUUCGUCGUCGUCACGGCAGCUCCUGUGUUGUAAAGCCAUUUUGCCUGGAUAUAACAAUGGGCGAAGAAAACGCCACAACGGCUACGGAAACACCGACGGCAACAGCCAGCACACAACUUGAUCCAGAUCCGGAUACGAUAAAAAUGUUUGUUGGACAGAUUCCACGCCACUGGAAUGAGCCUGAUUGUCGGAAACUUUUCGAGAAGUACGGUCCAGUAUUCUCACUGAACAUCCUACGAGAUCGCCAGACACAAGUCAGCAGAGGCUGUUGCUUCGUCACAUUUUAUCAUCGAAAGGACGCAAUCGCAGCUCAAAGCGCUUUGCAUAACAUAGAAAUCAUUGAUGGUAUGCAUCACCCCGUUCAGAUGAAACCGGCUGAUACGGAGAAUAGAAAUGAGAGGAAGCUGUUCAUUGGCCAGCUAUCGAAAAAACAUAAUGAGGAUGAUAUUCGCAAUUAUUUCGCCAAAUUUGGUCACAUUGAAGAAUGCACUGUGCUAAGGGAAGCUGAUGGAAAGAGCAGAGGAUGCGCGUUCGUUACGUAUACACUUCGCACGAGUGCAUUGGCAGCUAUCAAAGAUAUGCAUCACUCGACCACAAUGGAGGGUUGCUCUGCGCCGUUAGUGGUUAAAUUUGCCGACACUCAGAGAGAGAAGGAAGUGAAAAAGAUGCCUGCAUCAGCUGCUACAGGCAUUACACCCGCGGCGACGGGUUUGGCAUCUUUAGGGAGCCAAGCUGCUCUCUUGCAGCAGCUUUCUGGAGGUGGAAUCAACCUACAAGCCUUGAGCGCUCUGGCUGCGUUGUUCAAUCCUGGAGUUCAAGUUCAGCAGCAGAAUCUGUUAGGAAUGCUUGGCGGAGUGCUAUCGGCAUUGGGUAAGCUGACGGAAGGGGGUUCCGGUGCGGUAAAUACAACCGCAGCCGGUGCAGUAAGUGGCAACCCGACUGCUCUAAUGCAGAACGGGCACAGCGCUGCUGGCAAGGCACAGCUAGCGGCUUUUCUGCAUCAGACCCCGAUCCAAGCUCAGAAUUUCGAGUCAAUUGCCCAGCUCCAGCAAGCUCAGCUACAACAAGCACAGCUCGCGCAAGCUCAAGCAGCUCAGCAGCAACAGCUCCUAGCCAUGCAAGCUCAGGCACAACAAGCACAAGCAGCUGGUGUUCAAGUUGUUGCUGCUAAAGCUGCAUCCCCUGUUGGUACCGCGUUGUCCACGGCUGGUACCGGAUUCACGGCGCAACUUGCUGGAGCUACGGGAGCCACCGGAAUUGAUCCCUACCAGCAAGCUAUGCAGCAAUAUACGUUGAACGCUUUGGCAAAUCAGAUCAAUCAGAGUGCGCAGGUCUCUGUUCCUGCUGCCGGAAAUGGAGAUGUGAAAGGUCCUGAGGGAUCCAAUCUUUUCAUCUAUCAUUUGCCUCAGGACUUUGGAGAUUCCGACUUACAAACUACCUUUUCACCUUUUGGAACAGUAUUAUCUGCCAAAGUGUUCAUAGACAAAGUAACAAAUCUAUCGAAAUGCUUUGGAUUCGUUUCGUACGACAAUGCAGUUUCGGCACAAAAUGCUAUUGCCGCAAUGAAUGGCUUCCAAAUCGGAUCAAAGCGUUUGAAAGUGCAACUGAAAAAUGAGCGAAGCCAUCCGUAUCCGAAAGCAACGGCAUAGAACAUUCGUGAGGGAUGUAAGGUGGGAUUGUAAUGUCUAUGUGAUCCGCGUACCCAGACGCUAUGGCAGUGCUUCGCAGCUCUGCGCAGCUUAUGUGUAGAGCUGCGAUCCGCUGAAAUCUGCGCUGUGCACCUGGUCCCUCGUCUGGUCCGUACCUUACGUCCGUCACCGUUGCGUUACUUCGUGUCGCGUCGUUCACAACGAUGUACAACGCUACGAAUGCUCUCGCCUUUUUUUACUCUUACGUUUUGUCGUUCCACAUCUGUGUUGCUUCCAGCAGUUCAUCAACCCACGUCAGCACUAUCUGGCCAGCUGUUGCUACGGCAAUUGAGUUCGCUUUUUUU